UGCCGAUUAAAAGUUUCCUUCGGAUUUUAUGUUUCUUAUUGUUUGAUGAUUCGGAAGUUAAAUCACCGAUACUUGUUUCAGAAUAGAUAUCAGUGUCAACUGAUUUAAUUGAAGUUGAAGAUGAAAAUAAUGAUGAUGAUACUGUUGGUGAUUCAGUUGUUGUUGUGGUGGUUGAUGUUGAUCAUAAUAGAUUGCUAAAUAGUGAUUGGUAUCGGUCAUCAUUUUAUUGUAAAUCAUGAAUCUCUUUGAUUGAACCAUCUCUUGAAUUUUGUCAACUAUGACGACUGUGUAGAGAAUCUCGGCUUCCUUGAUGAGAAUGACCUGAAGUUUCCCCGCCAAUUGAUUCCAUUUUAACUCGACGUUUUUCCUCUGCUUCUUUCUCUUUGAUUCUUUUAUGAAGAUUAGCUGAUAUAAUCUUGAAUUGCUGAUCGUUCAUUAGACAUGAAGCUCAUGAGUUGAACAUCUUCUGGAAUUUGAGUUAAUCGUGAGUUUCCUGAAAAGUAACCAGCUGAUUGUUUGGUUGGUGUUGUUUGUCCCAUUGAUGGAUAAGAAUAGCUAAACGACAGGGAAAUAGAAUCAUACCUCGAUCAAUUAUUCUCUAAAUUGUAUCACUCGUAAUUAAAAUUCAACAAGUGAAAAUCUCGUAACAAUACAAUAGAUUUUUUGUAUUUGCCGCUCCAACUUUAAAAAAAGCAAAACUUUAACUGAACAAUCCUUUGGAUCAUAACGGUUAAUUGGAAAUUAAUUUUUUGUUUGUCUCAAUUAUCUUGACCGAUUGUUUCUAAUUGUUGAUUCGCUUUAAUUGUUUUUCUUUGUUCCGAAAUGCCCAGGAAAAGUAAAGUCUCUGGGGUAUAUCAAGGUGGUAAAAUGUUGGUUAUGGUUCUCUCGAUAAGAAAACUUUACCACUUCCCUCAUUGAAGAUUGAAGGAGAUAUCAAGAUUGUUACUUCUUAUAAAUACGAAGAUGGUAAAAAGUACAAGGUAAUCAGUCAUUACAAGAUUGAACGAAUCGAAAUGUCAAAAGCAGCUUCGACCAGAAGACAAUGGAAAAAGUAUGGAAAUUCGAUCGAUGAUCCACCAGGUCCCAACUCCUUUAAUACUAUUUGUUGUGAGGAUGUUUACAUGCAGUUUGUUUCCUGCGAAGACGAUGAGAAUAUGGAUAAAGAUGAUCCUCUACAAAAUCUUAGUAAUAAGUGCCUAGUUAAAUGUCAAUACUGUGAGAUGGACCAUUGGACACUUAAAUGUCCUCAUAAGGACAAGUUCGAGCUCAAGCGAAUACAUCAGGACAAGUCGACAGCUAAAAAGGCAAAUCAUAAGAAUAAAUGUAGAAAAAAAUGUCUCUGUAAAGAUGAUAAUCAAUAUUUUCCUCUCAAUGUUCGGCAGGGUGUAAACAAUCGAGGUGAUCUCUUGGUCUCUAAAGACGAAGCCAAGACAAUUCGUGUUACCAAUUUACCAGAAGAGAUUAGAAAGUGUAAUAUCAAAGAUCUUUUCCAUCAAUUCGGUAAAAUUGUCCGUAUCUCUUUGCCAAAAGAUAGAUACACUGGACAAUCUAAAGGAUUUGCUUUCGUACGUUUCGAUCGCAGCGAAGAUGCAACCAAAGCAAUUAAACAAGUUAAUGGAUUUGGUUAUGCUAAUCUUAUUCUAAAUGUUGAAUGGGCUUCCGAUGCUAAUCGAAAAUCUAAAGUCAAUGAAUUAAUUCAAUUGAAAAAUUAUUCUCAAUUCUAUGGUCAACGAUAUACUCGAAGCAGCGUUGAAGUUUUACUUCGAUCACAAGACCUUCUAAAGAAAAUGGCUCAAAAAAUGAGAACGAGAGACAAGAAAAGAUUGAAAGAUCCUUCACUUAAGAGCUUCGAAGGCUCGAAAAAACAUUUCUCGAACUUAUAUUUUUUUUGAAAAUCGUCGCGUGGACCUUU